UACAAGAUAUUUGUAAUAACAACUUUCCUUUUGGUGGUAAGGUUAUUCUUAUGGGUGGAGACUUCAGACAAAUACUUCCAGUUGUGAAGCGAGGUCGACCAGCAGAAGUUAUAGAAUCAUGUUUAAAAUGUUCUGAACAUUGGCAAUAUGUGCAAAGGUUCUCAUUAACUGUAAACAUGAGGGUUCAGAUAGAAGAAGAGGAAUUUUCUCAAUGGCUUUUAAAGCUUGGAAGUGGAACAUUACCUGUCAAGCCUGAAGAUCCUUUGCGAGGGUGUAUUGAAAUACCUGAGCAGUGCUUUCUCAGUGAUAAUGAAUCUAUUGUGGAGAAGAUUUUCGGUGGUGCAGAAGAAGGUGAUUAUGCAAAACGUGCUAUUUUAACGCCAACAAAUGUUGAUUCAUUGGCAAUAAAUGAAGAAGUCCUUCAUCGCUUACCCGGUGAUGUGAAAACAUAUUUAAGUUCAGAUAGCAUUGAUACUGAUGAUCUUAAUGAAAUUAAUAAUUUUCCAGUCGAGUUUUUAAAUAGUUUGACUCCAUCAGGUAUGCCUGUUCAUUGCCUAAAAUUAAAAAUUGGUGCUGUUAUAAUGCUACUUAGAAAUUUAGAUCUCAAAGGUGGACUUUGUAAUGGAACCCGUUUGAUGGUGCGUGCAUUACACAACAAUUAUAUUGAUGGUGAGGUUUUAAUAGGUGUAUCAGCUGGUAACAGGGUAUUUGUUCCUCGAGUUCAAUUAGCUCCAUCAGAUGCAAAUUUACCUUUUACACUUAAACGCCGUCAGUUUCCAGUUAGGUUAGCAUACUCAAUGACCAUAAAUAAAAGUCAAGGUCAAACAUUUGAAAAAGUUGGUGUUUAUCUCAAAAAACCUUGCUUUUCACACGGCCAAUUAUAUGUUGCAUGUUCAAGAACAAGAUCAUUUAAUAGUUUGUUUUUCAAAGUUGAUAAACAUCCAUUACAAGCAAUGCUGAUAAAACUGAAUUUUUUUAAAAAAAGAGUUAUUCCAGCCUUCCAACCAAAUAUUAGAGACUUUUAAAAAAGCACUCUCACAAAGUAAGUGUCUAAUCUUCUAUAUAAUAUUGCCGAACUAAUUUUUACUAAAUUUUGGUUCGUAUUUUUCAUUUCUCAAAUGAAUUAACAUAAAACAAAUAA